AUGCCAAAGGAUGAAGCAGCAGCAGCUCUUGGCGCUAACGGAAAAUUGCUUUUCAAGCCUGAUACACAAAUCAACCGGCACUUUAUGCUUAAACGGUUGAUCAGUUCCGGUGGUUUUGGACAGGUAUAUUCGGGUGUAAAUAUUAACACAGGUCACUUGGUCGCUAUAAAAGCUGAAUCGAUAGAUGCUAAAAUUCCAUUAUUGCGCAUAGAAGCAAGCUGCCUAGAAGCUCUUAAUAUCGCAAUCAGAAGAAAUCGGAGAUUUUUCAAAGGACCAAUACCAAAUUAUUACGGAUAUGGUGAAACACAUGCAGUUCGAUAUAUGGUGAUGGAUUUAUUUGGCAAAAAUAUUCGUGAAUUAAAGAAAGGUACAAAGAAUGACUGCUUCUCGAUAACGACUUCACUCUGGAUUAUGAAGAAAAUGAUUACAGCACUCAAAUACUUACAUCGUUUGGGGUGGAUUCAUCGUGAUGUGAAACCUGCAAAUUUUUGUGUUGGCUUGCAACUACAAGGUAAGCAAGAAUUAUUUCUUGUGGAUUUCGGUAUGGCACGUCAUUUCAUUUCACGCAAUGGCGUGAUGAAGAUGCGACGUGAGUCGAGUUCAUUCCAUGGUACUGUUCGCUAUGCAUCUCUCACCACCCAUCGACAUCAAGACAUGUCACGUUAUGAUGAUCUCUGGUCUGUUUACUAUAUAACUGUAGAAAAUAUGACUGGGCAGUUACCGUGGCGAUUUGUGAACGAAAAAACGGAAGUGGAAAAAAUGAAGGAAACAAUAGACUUGCUGAUGCAACAGUUCGGCACGGAGCCAAAUCCACCUGCAUCACUCUUAGUACUAUAUCGGAACCUCUGUCAUGCCAGUUUCUACCAUGAACCAAAAUAUGACUACAUUGUAACUGAAAUUAGUCUUGACUUGGCACGUCGUAAUUUUUUUGCGGGUAGUUUAUUGGAUUGGCAAAUUCCUGAGAAGCUUAGUGAACAUAAUGAAUAUGAGAAUAUGGAAGAAGUUCACCAAGAAGAGUUAGCCUCAUGCGAACGUAAAAAAGUCAAGGGCAGUAGUCGUAACAACGUUAAAUAUGAAUGUACAAAAGAAUUAGAAAAUGACCAUUCUUACUAUUUCAUACAACAAUGCGAACAUUUUUGA